UAAUCCCAGCACUGCAGAAGGUGUUCCCAUGUGCUGAACACAGGUUUUGCCUAAGACAUAUUCAUGAGAAUAUGAAGUUGAGAUUCAAAGGAAAAGAAUACAAAGAUAACUUAUGGAAGUUAGCAACAUCAAGCACUGUUGAGUACUUUGAACAAAACAUGCAAUCCUUGAAGGCAUUCAAUGCUGAAGCACAACUAUGGUUGUCUGAUAUCCCACCACAACAUUGGUCAAGAUCACACUUCUCAGGUAGGGCACUAUCAGAUGUGUUGUUAAACAACAUGUGUGAAGUUUUUAACUCAAGGAUAAUGGAUGCAAGAGACAAACCUAUUAUCACACUUUUGGAGUACAUCAGGGAGUAUCUCAUGAGAAGGAUUGUGAAUGUGCUUAGAGUUAUGGACAACUGUGAUGGACUGUUGACACCAUAUGCUCACAAGAAGUUUGAGGAGAUUAAGUUACAAGCUAGUAGGUGUUCAGUCAUGUGGAAUGGGGAAGACCAUUAUCAAGUUAGAGGCCCUGCUGGAUUUGGUGUUGUGGUGGAUUUAAAAAGUAGAACAUGUACAUGUAGGAAAUGGGAGAUCACAGGGAUGCCGUGCAAACAUGUUGUGGCUUCAAUAUGGAACAAGAAUAUGUAUGGUGGGAAAGGAACAGAACUACCUGAGACAUUUGUCCAUCCAGUGUACACAAUGGAUAGGUGGAAACAAGUGUACAAGUAUAAGGUGUAUCCAAUCAAUGGGAGGACUUUGUGGCCUAAGUCUAAUGUCCCUACCACUUUAACACCACCAAACCAUCACAAGCCUAUUGGUAGGCCAAAAAAGGCAAGAAAGAGGUCAGCCCUGGAGUUGGAGGAGUCAACAAAAGAUGGAAGACUGACAAAGAAGGGAACCACGAAGAACUGUUUGAAGUGUGGCAAAACAGGGCACAAUCGCAGAACAUGCAAGGGACAGGAGGCAUCCUAGGAAGUUUGAUAGUUUGUUGGACUUAAAACUAUGGUUUUUAUGUUUUGUUUAA